CACCACCACCACCACCAGCACGGCCCAUUCCAGCCCACAGCCCCCUUGGCUUUCAACACUCGACUUGUCAACCGCAACAAGGUCACUGUUAUCAGCAACCUCGUCGCAUACCCCGCCACCCAAGCAGCAACAGCAGUAUCACCACCUGCUACGCACCACCCCGACGCGUAUCGUCUCCUGGAAAUCGACCUAUCAGUCGCCCUAUCAAAACUACAAUGUCGUCUGAGCCUUACGACCCAUACAUCCCCUCGGGAUCCGCGUCUGGUGGUGGUGCCGGCCCCUCGUCGGGUGCCGCGGGCAACAACCCCCAGAACAAGAAGAUUGCCGACAUCCAGGCCCAGAUCGACUCGACGGUUGACAUUAUGCACCAAAACAUCACCAAGGUCGCGGAGCGUGGCGAGCGACUGGACGCCCUCCAGGACAAGACUGACAACCUUGCUGUGUCGGCUCAGGGCUUCCGUCGUGGUGCUAGCCGUGUGAGGAAGCAGAUGUGGUGGAAGGACAUGAAGAUGCGCAUCAUUAUCGGCGUCGGCAUCGUCAUUCUGAUUGUCAUCAUUGUCGUCCCCAUCGUUAACGCUUUCAAGCACAAGUAAACGAAGGCGGCCUUCUUAGAUUGCGCAGUGACGAUGGUUUGACACAAAACGUCCUCCGUACCCCAUCGCUUUCCUUUGUAUUUGUUUCUUCUCCUCCGACGAGGUCAAACGCUUCGAGAUGCUAACAUGUGUGACAUGAGGGGGUCUA